AUGACAAGGAAUCCUUCUAUGAAUCAACUACCUCACAAAUGGCCAGAUCUAAUUCAGAUGCUAGAGGUAGGGUGUGGAAGACUGAAGGUUACAAAAGUGAAGUACGAAUUUCCCCCAACAGGGUGGUUUUUAUGUAAUACAGAUGGGGCUUCAAGGGGGAAUCCUGGUAGGAGUGCAUAUGGAUUUUGUUUGAGAAAUAAUGAAGGGGAUCUGAGAUAUGAUUAUGCUACAGAGAUUGGAAUAACUACUAAUAUUGAUGCUGAGGUUCUAGCAAUUCUACAGGCCAUGAGAUAUUGCAAAAAUAAGAACCUGGACAAUAUUAUAGUCCAAACUAAUUGUCAAAUAUUGUACAAGAUUCUACAGGAAGGCUGGAAACCUCCUUGGGGGAUAGCAAGUUGGGUAGAGGAGAUUUUGGACCUAAAAGCUAAUAGAAAUAUUCUAUUUAGUCAUAUCUAG